AUGAUGUUCACCAAGACUCUUGUAUUUGCUUUCAUUAGCACUGCUCUGGCUUUCCCAGAGGGCGUCUUAGUUUCCAACGGGCUCACUGGGGCUCCAAAGAUUAUAACACGCGAUAUUACACGAUUCGAGUUGACCAAACGGGAGUCUGAUCCUACUGUCAUUUUAAUUGAGGAUCACCCCACGAAUCCAUUGUUAGCUCGGCAGAAUUGUAACACUUGCAUCCCUAAUGGUUGCGGUGCUUGUCGCACAUUGUUUUUUGCUAACAUAGGUACCUACGAAAGUUCUGCUGUAAACAAUGUUGCCGGUCUAACAAACGACAGAAAGAAUUCUGCGGGACACGUUGUUGCUGAACUAAACAAAGGUACCAAGGAAGCUCGGCCUGAUAAACGAUGGUUCCCUACGAUUUCUUUCAACAAGAAAUUUGCCUCUACUUUGAAAUGCCGCAUCUGGGAUAUCUUUCAAGUGUUGGUGGGGAAAAAAGCUUUCUUGGAAACUUUUUCCUAA